CAGCACAAUCAUCAUCAUCAUCAUUAUUCAGGAUCCGGUGAUUCGUUUGUUUACAUUUAGGUUAAGUACGGUAGAUUUUAUUGUAAAUUUAGAAAAACAUUACUUUUAACUUGAAAAAUGCACAAUUCAUCUGCAUAAUCUAUUCUUCUUUAUUGUUUGGAUGUUUAUUAUUUUUCCAAGUGUAAUAUAAUUAUUCACUGAUGGAUCAUAGGGAAUUGAUCACUGCUCUUUGCAGUACUCAGAAACUCGAAAGAGAUAAUGGAAUUGUAAAACUUGAUAAAUUCCUCUCGACUUGCAAUAUUAGUGAUAGACUAACUCUUGAAAGUAUAUUCAUUGAAUUUCUAAACAUUUCUUGCAACUCUUGGGAAACCAAACAAGGCUGUCUAACUGGUGCUAAAGCUCUUAUUCCUUUUAUUGACAAGGAGAAUGAACAAGAAAUUGAAUUUUCUCACGAAAUAAAAUCAAUUGCUAGGAAGUGUUUAACUGAUGUCGAAGUAAGAGUGAGAACUGAGGCAGGUGCUGUUCUGGGAUCACUCUGUCAAAAGUUUGGUAAUGAUGUAUACAGAGAAGAAAAAGACUAUGUAAUAGAACUGAUUCAAAACAAUUUGGAACGACAGUCUAUGGAUGAUGAGGGUUCAUACCACGAACAUGCUGAAACUGAACGUCUAAUUGAAAAAUUGUCCCAGCGGAGGAAUAGUUCAGAAGUAAUCCAAAACUCUCGAGAAAAUUCUGGCUGGAAAAAUCUCGAAACCAGUUUGGUUUGUCUCCAGUCGAUGAUUUUAGGUUGUGGCGACAAUUUUUAUAGUUUCAUCGACAACGAUUUGGUGUCUUUAAUCUUCCAAACUCUCAUUCACAACAAUCGCUUCGUUCAAGAGACUGGAUUUUAUCUUUGUUCAUCUCUAUUUAGAUGUGCCAGUAACAGAGCGUCUGAGGAGAGUGAAUGCGAUUCUUCAGAGAGUCCUGUUUUGACUUUUGGAAGAAAAAUUAGUGAGCAUCUAGCUCUCGGCUUGGCUGAUAACUGGAGUCAAGUAAAACUGGCAGCUUCUCAUGCGACACGAUAUUUUCUAGCCUCCUUACCCAAUGACAAAAUCAGGGAAGUCUUCUAUCCCGAACUUCUACCACGUAUAUGCUUGAAUCGUUACUACAUAGCGGAAGGCGUGCGCAUCUACUCGCAGGAGACGUGGCGCCAGGUGACGGGCGAAUGCGGCCAGGAGCUGGUGGAGCGCUACAUGGCCUGCUUCGUGCAGUGCUACCUGGAGGCGGCCGCCUGCGACAACCAGGCGGUGCGUGAGGCCGCCUGCUCCUGCAUCGCCGAGCUCGCCUGCAAGGUGGACAAGGGUGCUGUUCGCCCCCAUCUGCCCGCGUUGCUGCAAGUGCUGCUCACUUGCUUCCGCGACACCAGCUGGCCGGUCAGGGAUGCGGCAUGCCUGGCGUGUGGCAGCUUCAUAGCGGCGUUUCCCGGUGAGGCGGCUGCGUCGAUGGAAGCCCUCUACCCGCUGUUCUUCGGCAACCUGGGCGACAGCAUCGCGGCGGUGCGUCAGGGCGCCGCCGCCUCCUUGAAGAGCGUCGUCAAGGCCUACCCUGACACCGCACUGCAGCCAAUCAUCGACAGGAUCAAUGCUAAUUUGAAAGACAUCUGCAAUCAAUCAUCGGCUGGUCCAUCGGAUAUCAAAGAAAUGCCGCUGUAUUGCGGGGGAUCGAAAAGACGCAGAGAUGACAGUGACGACGAUCAUCUCAACUCUGACAAAUGGCAUUAUUUAUGUGGAUCAUUUGUUCAGAGACUGGGACGAAGGGGAAGUCAGGUCGCUCCACUCCACAAACAAGAAUCACAGCCUUGGGAACAUGCUGAUGGGAGUGUGAUUUUGUUGGGUGAGCUGUCGGAAAUUACUUGGAUGGCUGAUCACGUGCUACAAGCUCUGCCCAAUGUGGCAGAAGCCUGCAAAUUCCAGCAUUACCCUCAGCAUGUUGUUUUCCUGGAAACUGUGUGCAGGAACCUUCCUAUUCUUGCCAAAAAUCUGGGCAUCAAACGCUUCAAAACCGCAUUCGAUUUAUUCAUCGAUCCCAUUUUUACAGCUUUGACUUGUGAGAACGCUCUCGCGUCGAGUACUGCUAGUCAAUGCUUGAACCAACUGGGCUCCAUGAUCGGAUCAAACAUUCUUCGAUCAAGGGUCAUGAACCACAAUCCUAGGUACAUUGACGCCUUGGACGCUAACAUCUUCAUUGCUCCGUUGUAAACACCUUUCCAUAUCGUAGUAGUUAGAACACUAGUACAGUAGUUAUAACUUUAGUAAUCAAAGCAAUAAUUUGCGUCUUAAACUGUUGAAACUCUUUUUGAAUGAAUCCAAUUACUAUCAUAAAUGUUUAAUACUUCCUUCAUUAACACCUGUGAUAUUUUACUAAUCAACUUGGAACUCUAUUGAAUAUAUCAACUUGAAUAGACUGUAUAAAUGCAUACUAUAGGUACUGUAGAUGCGUUUAUGUAUUUAUAUAAUUUUUCUACUUAGAUAUUCAGCUACUUAGACUAACUGUGACUUUUUAUUAUAUGUGGUAGAAAAAUAUUUCUAAUAUUUAUACUAGAUUGUAUUAUUGUAUCUACUCGUAAUAUUCAAAUAGUUGAUGUCUAUCUUGUAAACUUUAUUUUGUGUUUCAUUUUCUUAUCAAUGUGUAAUAUCAGUGACUGGGUUACCAGUAGCCUCUUCAUUGUAAUUCAAUUGUUGUACCAUUAACCUGUGAUAUUAAAUACAAUAUCAAUGA